CAUGGAAACUCUCUGACGAGCUAAGACUUGUCCGGAGGAGGUUUAACAGGAGGAGAGAUUCAGGUGAGAGGAGGUGAACUGUGUCAGCGCGAGUCCUCACAGAGAUAGAUAGAUAGAGGGAGAUGUGGGAGUGUUUUUGUGCAGGGGAGGAUCCUCUCUCCCCUUCUCUCUCCCUCUCUCUUAAAGCCGAUCAGAAACAGAGGAUCUGCAGAGCUGAGAGCGAGAGGCACUGAGGAGGGAACACACUUAUACUGACUCUUAAACAACAACAAGUGGCCUAUUGUGCAAACACACACACACACACACACACAAAAAAAAACAAAAAAACACACACACAGUUGUUUAUCAGUUCUUCUUUGGACUCGGGACUGACCCCUCCAGGAUACAUCCUCUUUCGGACUCCCAUCAUGCACCAGCGGAGCCUGUUGGAGCUCCAUGAGGUCGCCACCCAGUCGGGGGCCCCGACCCCACGGACUACCCAGGACGGAGACUCGCGGAGCUCCAGGCCGAGGAGGGAGUCCGGCCGCCUGUGUCCACCCAGGGUGACUCCUCUCUGGGCAUGGCUGCUGCUGGGGGCCCUGGUGGUUCCCGGAGCUUGGAGCUUUCUGACCGAGGUGCAGGAGGAGAUGCUGGUGGAGCUGCACAACCACUACAGGGGGCAGGUUUCACCCAGCGCCUCGGCCAUGCUGCCCCUGAGGUGGGACCCGGCCCUGAAGCUGGUUGCCGAGGGCUACGCAGCCAAAUGCAUCUGGAACCACAACCCAGACCUGGAGGACACGGGAGAGAACCUGUUUGCUGGAACCGGGUCCCUGGACCUCAGUGCCGCCAUGGAGAAAUGGUUCCUGGAACAUCUGGACUACGACUUCCAGAACAACAGCUGUGACGAAGAUAAGAUGUGUGGACACUACACACAGAUGGUGUGGGCGGACACACACAGAGUGGGCUGUGCCUUCCACCUCUGUAACACUAUGGAGGGUCUGGACUGGGAGAGAGUUUUCUUCCUGGUCUGCAACUACUUCCCAGCAGGGAACUAUGAAGACCAGCGUCCAUACGUGGAGGGAGACUGGUGCUCCCAAUGUCCUGAAAACAUGCAGAAAUGUGAAAACAACCUCUGUGUACUGGAGGAGUACGAGGAUUUCACGUCCAGUCCUCCGAGCACCGACAGCCCUGAUCAAUUUACGGACACCCUACCACCGGCUACCUCCGAGGACACCACCCAGACUCAGGGCACCCCCACAGCUGAGGACGCCACCACGGAUGAGGACGCCACCACGACUGAGGACGCCACCUCGGCUGAGGACGCCACACCCCCUCCUGAGGCCCCGUCACCAACACAGGAAUCAGAGGAAAUGACUGAAGUGGACACAGAUGAAACUGAGGCGACAGAGAGAAAUAAAUCUUCAGGAAAGGAGAAGCCAGUGAGAAAGACAGACAGACAACAAACAAACACCAGCAACAAAGCUGGUUCAGUGUCCUCCCCGCCCGUCCUGUUAGCCUGUCUGACCGCCAUCAUGACUCUCAGGCUGUGAGGAAGAAGAGGAGGAGGAGGAGGAGGAGGAGGAAGAGGAGGACAUGAUAGCUUCUCCUCUUUUGCACUGACUGCACAUCACCUUCUUAAUCCGAAGUCUAAAGCAAAAACAGGUCAAGUAAUAAUUCACACUCACCAGGAAACAGCUGACGCCUUCGUCUAGUCCGACCAGUCACUGAAACCGCAGCUAACUUCCUAACGAGGAAACACAUUCAGACGCUAACUGAAUAAAAUAAGAGUUCUGAACGGAUGGGGAGCCUAGCUUAGCUUAAAGAUGGACGCUGGGUUUCUACUAAUGUGUCUAACUCAUGAACAAGAGGACGCAAAAAACGUAACGAACGAGUUCCCUGCAGCUUUGGAAAAAAACAUUUAAUCAUUUAAAAUCAUCUGAUCCUGAUCUGAUGUUAAAUGUCCUAGAGUUGGUCCCCUGUAGAUUCCUAAAGUCUGUCCGCGUCUUCUCCUAGAGUCGAAUGGAUUCAGUCCAAUAAAUCUGUCUUGAAGUUAAUGUAGCGUGGAGAGGGGAGCUCGUACCUUGUGUCCUCCAGCGCUGCCAUAAACUCCCGAAACCCUCUCCGGAAGAUUUGUUUCCAGGAAACUUCAUUUACACAGCAGACCUGGUUAGAGACUGGAUACUGGUUUUUAGUCUUCUGAUUCUGAUUUAUUUCAGACCUGAUCUUACACAACUUCUUUGUCUUUAUUUCAUUGUCUCAUUUUCUUGUGGUUCUUCUUCUUCUUCUUCACUUGUUCAUCUUCUAAUGGUUCUUCUUCUUGUUUUUCCAUUUGCUUCAUUGCCUACCUUUUUGUGGUUCAGCGUUCUGUGUUUGUUGUUGCUUGGCUGCAGCCUUUAACCUGAGUUAAGCCAUUUUAUUUUUUGGUAGUAUUGAAUGAUGGUCUCCUAUCACCACCUCACCAAACCAUCCACAUUUCACCAGUUAGACAUUAAACUGCUGUCUUUAAAACAGAAGAAGUUUAAAGUCUGGAGGUGGACCUUGUUUAGGUCCUAACUGCAGUAGAGAUUAGUUUGAUCCAGAAUGCCCAGAUCAUCUGAAUAUUGAUUAAUUAAGGUUUUGUUUCCUUGUGUGAGGCUGAACAUUUAUUUGUCCCAUUGUUAAAAUGUUCUGGAAGCUCUGUUUUAUUCAGCAGGUGGACAAAGACAAAAGACAAGUGACGCUUAAUUCCCAGGAAACAAAUGAAGCAACGUUUCUGAACAUCUUCUUUAAUCUGACAAUGAAUUUAUCUGUUGGGUUUCCAGAAAGUCAGCCUAUAUUCCAAUGAAUGGUUGAAAAACAUAAAUGAAUUAUGUCAUCUUACCCCUGUCUUGUUCUUCGUCUUCUGUGGUGGUUUAAUGGCAUUUAAUGAAAUUAUUGUAGCGCCACCACUGUGUUCAUCUCACUGAUUAAAUUGAAAGUUCCCACAAACUUGAUCCAGAGUCUAAAACUAGGCCAGUUGUUACUUCAUCUUCUAAAGACCCUGAAUGUAAAGAGGUUUUAUUUUUAUCUUGCUAAUAGCACCGUCAAAGAAAUGCAUGUUUUUACGAUCAGAAAUGUGUAAAACUAAAGGAGCAGAAUGCUAAAUGCUAAUAAAGGAAGGGACUGCAGUGCUGUGAAGAGGCGGAGCUUCAUACUGGGAUUGUUGGUGACCCCGGUUUAAAUGUACAGCGUCAACUCAUGUGGAAAAACCACUGAAAAGCAAAAAGGAGCGGGAGACAUUUUUAUUUUAAGUUUAGCUGAAACAUGAAUUUCAAACUGACGACCCUGCUUCUUCUUCUACUUUCUACAAAUAUCUACGCUCAGACUGGGACGACACCUGGACAGACUCCAAUGAUUCACGUAUCUCAGUUGAUGGGAAAUUACCACAGUUAUCUUUAGUAACUUUAGCACAGAUGGCUGUACGUUUCUGUAUAUAAGAUUAAUAAAGAAAUAAACCUGG